AUGUUAGCACCAUGGCAACGCCUAGAUGCACUAAAGACUUUCGUCUACCCGUCCCUGAACUUCUCCAUGCGCUGUGGUUCCUUAGGAAAAACCGACUGGAUGAGACUCGACCAGGAGCUACGGCCGCUUAUCAAGAGGACCCUUUACAUCCCGAGCAAUGCAGCCAACGAGUACAUCUACAGUAAAUCUGGAAUGGGAGGCUGCGGAAUCCCACUGGCAGCUGAGACCAGUGAUGUAGCUCGGAUAGACGGCGCCUUCAAACUCCUGACGUCGCGCGAUCCAGUUGUUGCCCAUAUUGCCAAGGAGAACCUCUUCCACACUGUCAGCAAGCGCCUGCGUGCCACCUGCUCCGCAUCCGACGUGGAGUCCUUCCUGGCUGGGGACACCGAGGGGCUCUUCAGAGUAUCCACCAACGAGCUCUGCAACGUAUGGACUGAGGCUAGGAAGGCCUCCCGUCGCCUCGGAGUAACAUGGACCAUUGAGGAAGGUGGGCUAAGCAUCUCGAGGAAGGACAAGACCAUGACGGAACGCUGGAGAACGAGGAUCAUGCGCACCCUGCGCGACCAACUGGACAAAGAACGCUCACAGGAACUCUGUGACCUGGCCAACCAGGGCAAAGCAAUGGACUGCGCAAGACUCGACCCCAGCAGCACCCACUUCAUCAGCAAAGGCCUGUACACACGCUUCGCCGACUGGAGAUUCAUCCAUCGAGCCCGCCUCAAUCUCCAUCCGUUGAACGGUGCAAGGACCUGGGGACAUGGCGACAAAAGGUGCCGCAGGUGUGGCUACACCAACGAAACGUUACCCCAUGUCGUGUGCCACUGCAUGAGGCAAAGCCAGGCAAUGACGAAGCGGCACAACGACAUCGUUGACCGAGUGAAAGCAGCGGCUGCAGCGAAAUACACCGUAAUAUCCGAAAACCGCCCUGUAGGUGACACGCAGCUGCGCCCAGACCUCAUCCUUGCCCGUGGAGAAGAAGCUGUCAUCGUCGACGUCACCUGCCCAUUCGAGAACCGGGCCACGGCCUUCCAGCAAGCCCGCACAAGCAAAGUCAACAAGUACCAGCCAGUAAAGGAACACCUACAAGGAAGGUACCAACGUGUCACCAUGGGACCUAUUGUGGUUGGUGCACUCGGCUGCUGGGACCCUGAAAAUGACCGCUUCCUGCACCGCCUCUGCUCUCGGAGGUAUCUGAAGAAAAUGAAGAAACUUUGUGUGAGCUCGGUAAUCUCCGCCGCACGGGACAUUUAUGCCGCGCACGUUUCCAACUCCUGA